GUUUUUCAAAUUCAAGUGCUAGAGUUCAAAUUAAUUUAACCGAUCGCCGCUAAGCGUGCCAGUACUGCUAUUGUUAUUUAUCAAAAUGGGUCUACUUUCGCUGCUGCGCAAACUACGACCCAAUCCAGAGAAGGAGGCACGUAUUUUACUGCUCGGCUUGGACAACGCAGGCAAGACAACAAUCCUCAAACAGCUCGCUUCCGAGGAUAUAACAACGGUGAGUAUUAUGGAACAGAUGCGUUCUUGCUUUCCUAAUAGACUUUCCAAUCAUUCGCAGGUGACGCCCACCGCCGGCUUUAACAUCAAAUCCGUUGCUGCAGAUGGCUUCAAGUUGAAUGUGUGGGACAUUGGUGGUCAAUGGAAGAUUAGGCCUUAUUGGAAGAACUAUUUUGCCAACACAGAUGUCUUGAUCUACGUUAUAGACUGCACGGAUCGGGCACGACUGUCGGAAACGGGCAGCGAGCUCUUCGAGAUGCUCAUGGACAAUCGCUUGAAGAGAGUGCCGCUGCUGGUCUUUGCCAACAAGCAGGACUUGCCCAAUGCCAUGAGCGCCUCCGAGGUAGCCGAAGCGUUGGGUCUGGUGCGUCUGGAGGAGCGCAGCUGGGAGAUCAAAGCCUGCACAGCUGUCGAUGGCACUGGCAUCAAGGAGGGCAUGGACUGGGUGUGCAAGAAUAUGAAAAAAUAGUUUAAGCAGAAGAGAAAAAUAAUUAAUU